AUGCAAAUUGGUUAUCCUUGGUAAAUGGUAGUGGUUGGUUUCUAACAAACAGAAUUUUUUUUACAUUAGAAACGUUGGUGCUGCUUGCUCUUUACCUGUUUUUAGAAGUAAGAUACUUUUACCACAAAGCAGAUUAAUGCAUAGAAUUUUAAUCACUAGAAUUAUAGUAUGCUGAGCUAGCGAUAAUUACCAAGUGAGUUUAUUUAACAUGAUGUUCACAUAUGAACUCGUUUGAAGUGAAUAAUGAACAGUUCAACAGUGCCGCCACCUAAAGUUUCUCGAAGGAAAAGAAAAACCGCUCUAGACGAAGAUGAAAAUGUUCCUAAUGACAGUGGCGCUAGGAAAAUUAGUACGAGAAGUCAAUCAAAAAGUGACACCGAAAAUAAAGAUACAGAUGAUCCGUCAACAACACCAAAUAGUACCUCUUCUUCAAUAAGGGGAAGAAAAAAUAAAAAACAACAGCAGGCACCUGUUGCUAACGAACCUCAUUUAAAUACAGGUCAAAAUGCUCCAACAUCCGAUCUUCAAUCUAGUAUACCUUGCCGAAGUCCAAUCAGGGGCAGAAAACGUAACCAAUGUACUGCAAUAAAUGACAUCAAUGUUUCAGAAUCAGAACAUAAAAAACCUGUUCCCGGUUCCCCAUGCAGUGUUACUUCCUCUAAAAGCGGUAGAAGAAACCAAAUCGACUCGAGUCCAUCUGAAAAUAGACGUUCUGCCUCAGAAUCUUCCUGCAGUUCUGUAUCUUCUAGAAGAGGGAGGAGAACUAGAAAACAACAGGAACCCUGUACUGCUGUUUCAGACCACGAUUUAAGAGCAUUGGAAAAUAGAAACUACGUAUCUGAAUCAUCAUGUGGCACUAAAUUAUCGAAAAGGGGGAUUAGGAAAAAAGAAAAACCACUUAAAACUUACGCAGUCCUACCGGAAAAUGAAACGUAUGCUUCGGGGUCCUGUUGCGUUGAGAAACCUCGAAAAGGAAGACCGAAAAGAGGAACUUAUGGUAAGCCAGCAAGUGAAAACAAAUUACCAUAUAUUGAUACCAAUGUGGUACCUACAGUUAGAAUUACACCAAUUGACAUUCUACUAUGUUCUGGAGAUAGUAGGAAUGAUAAACCAAAGGAAGGUUCAAGAAGGGAACAACCUUUUGGAGAUGGUGGAAUUCACAAAGCAAAUGAAGUUUCAAGUACAAAACUAGCUUUUGAGUGCGAUACAAAUCGUAAAGAAACGGGAAUUUCAAGUAUAAAACCAUGUUUUCAAGUUGAUACAAAUCAUACUGAAAAGAAAGUUUCAAGUACGAAACUAUCUGUUGAAGAUGAUACGAUUCAUACAGCAAAUGAAGUUACAUAUACGCAACAACCUUGUGAGGACACUACGAAUCUGAGACCAAAUGAACUUCCAUGUAUUGAUGAUAUUAUACCUGAGAAAUUAGUAGAUGAUACAGAUACAAACAAGAGGCCACAACCAUCUAAGUUAGUAACAUACCAAAGUACAGUGAAGAAACGAAAAUUCAGAGGGCUACUUUCUGAUACCGUCAUACAGAAUUUAAAAAGGAAAAAAGUAAGAAGCAUGCCUGGUGCAUCUGUUAUUCCAAGAAAUAAGGCACUCAAUUCGACAAAGCAAGUGGAGAAGUUACCCAUGUUAUCAUCAACACAUGAUAGUUUCCAACAUUCGCAUUUAGACGAUAGAUCACCUAUGUAUAUUAAUAAGGGCUUGACGACUGAAGAACAUAGAAAUGUGACCGUAAAACCUUUCAAUAUUAAGAUAAAUAUUGAUAAUUGUAAACAAGAAAGAAUUGUUGAAUUUGCUAAACCAAUAGCUACAUCGCCGUUAGUCGAGAAUGGUUAUGCACAAAAUGCAACUCCCCAGUAUCUCAGCGAUUCAAGCAGUUUUACAAAUACACCAAUGCCUUAUGCAGAUUAUUAUUGUGUAUCUAACGACUGGUUUUAUAAUGUUAACAAAGAACACUUGUCUAAGAUUUCAUCAGAUAAUGUCCUCUUUGAUAAUGCAAGAUUAAUUUCGGCAGCAGACUGUGAUUCUGUGGAGAAUUCGACACUUAAUGAUACAAUGUCAUCGCGUUCUUCGGUAGAUUCUUCAUAUCAAAAAUCUGAGUUUCAAUUUCUGAAACCGUGCAAGCGACCGCCUAAUAGGACUAGAACCAGUAAAUCAACAAGAUCUAAUACACCCGAACCCUCAGUACCUUCUUUGGGCGGUAAUACUCCUCCUCUUCCUCCUCCCCCUCUUCCUCCUCCCCCUCUUCCAGCUCCUCCUCCCGCAAAGGAUGAUGACGCUAUAUCAAUUUAUAGUGAAAUGUCAAUUCAUUCACGAGAUUUUAGAAGCAAUAUUCAACCACCAAGAAAAAACAAAGAACCAGAGAGUAUAUCUGCUGCGUGCUCAAUCCCAAAACAAGUUAUAAACGAACGAAGAAUUGUUGACUUACAGUCGGACGGAAUUGUACAGCAUACACCUGAGGCUACAUCUUACAAGAAUGUAGCGCAGUGGGUGGAAAGUGCAAAUAUGUAUAAUAAUCAAAACAAGCCCGCAAAUUAUGUGCCGCCAGUGUUUAGAGGUUUAUGUUACCAGUCAUACUUACGCGAACGUUGUGCUAGGAAGACAUGUCAUUUUAUUCAUGACUUUCCCGAAAUAAACUUAGAGAGACUUAAUCUAUCACAACUUUGUGAUGCAUUCGAAUAUGCUAAAAGUAGAUAUAGAUUAUUCCUGGCUUACUUCCACAAUUUCGUAUGGGGAUUUGCAAGACACAAUUGCGCUAUGGAGUUAGUGACUAUGGUUGGUGCUGCAGUGAUUCCUCAAAAUGCAAGACAGUUAUCAAGUGUGCAGGAAGUUAUUCACGGAUUACAACAAAUUGGAUACACAUUUGAAAGUGCAAUAAACCACGUAUUAAUGUUUUACAAAAGCACAAAUUUUGAUCUAUUAAAUAUUUUACUAAUUAUCGUUUUCAAAAAAGAAAACAGUCUGUGUGAUAAUUGGUCAUUAGUGCAGAAGUUAUGCGAGUAUCGCAGUUACGACCCUAUUGACCCUGAAUUAGUGAAUCGAGCACUGCAGUUUUGUUACCAAGUGUAUAGCGUUGAACUGUCCAUUAAAAUAGUGCAAGACAUAUUUAAGCGCAAUUUGGUGAAUCCGAAAUCUAUCGAAGAACAUCAUUAUGGUAGAAUUAUUUCAAUAUUGCAAAGGCAUAAUGCCGAAGAGACCAAUGUCCUUAUACACAUAGCCAAAGUCAAUAACAUAACAAUAGAGUUGCAAAAUAAUGAUGAGUGUUUUCUACCAAAUUAUAAUACCAUCUCUCCUAGAACUGUCGGCGAUUUAGAUAAUUCCACAAUCAAUUUUCCUCAACCCCAAACUGUUUAUGAUACAAAUUCAAAUUGUAACAAUGUUAAUUUCAAUCAUACAUCGCCAACUAUAACACAAGUUAACAGUAAUAACGUCAGUUUACCCCCAAAUAGCUUUCUUGUACAAAGCGAACAUGUUUAUCAAACACACAGCAGUAUUAAUGGAGAUCAGAAUACUUAUUCGUCAAACUCUGAAAGUGAUCUGACAGAAGUGGUUAAAGAAAGGAUAAAUCCGCAAAAUACGCGUCGCAUUACUCCUAACCAAGACAGUAAUAUGGUGGGAACUCAAUUACACGAGUUGGAAUUAAAUAGAUUGAAUAGCAUUAUAUCUGCCAAUGACCACAAAGCGUUCAUUGAAAUGUACGGCCGGUAUAAAGAUGCACCAAACAGUAACGCUUUCGUUUUAAAUGUUAUUGGUUUGUUUAAAAGAACGAAGUCCAUAUUAGUUGUUUUUAGUUUAAUGGAAAGAGUACUUGAAGGAUUAGAGAGGUUAAAUUCAGACUUUCCUUAUCUUUUAAAUGCUGAAGCGACUUUAUAUUCACUGGUAAUAAAUACAGUUGGGGCGCUGAAACAUUUGAAAGGAUUUACAGAGGCAGCGGCACUAUUGUAUAAAUUUGUGGACUGUUUGGAAAAUCUUACACAAGUACAAUGGUUCGGAAGUGUCCAUUCUCCCCACUCUUAUUCGAUAAUUGGGAAAUACCUGUAUUUUUGCAAAAUUUUUAUUAGAGGAAAGUUUUAUAACCCAGCCUUACAAAUGUUCAAGUGUCCAGAGCUAAAGCUACUUCAAUCAUCCAGUAAGUGGGAUUUGCCAUAUACAAACAAUUUUGAUGAAGGAUUUCGCGACGUGAUUUUACAGGAAUUUUUAUCAGCUACACUUCAAAAUGAUAUCGAUGUUGCGAAAGAUCUCAUAUUGUAUAUAAUGCAGAGUGGAGACAAUAUCAUCACAGAAAUUGAUAUUUCGAAGUAUUUUGAUAAAUUAAUACUCUCCAUGCUGAACAAUCAGAAAGUGAGUUCUCUAAUCGAAAUAUUACCAAAUAUUUUACAGGGAUGGUAUAAACACUUAAAGCAUUCGCACAUGAGAGCCCUGUUGAUUAUUCUUGUAGAGAAAUGCAUUCCAGAAAAAGACUUGCUUGCCCUUUAUAAGAAGUGUUGCCUGCAAGGAAUUUAUCCAAACUUGAAGGGCAAUGAAACCAGAAUUAUCUUAAAAACGGAUCUGAAAACUGCAGAAAUCUUUAUCAUUAUACGGUACUUCCUUUACAAGUUGCAAAAAAAUAAUUUCCAAACACAAGAAGUUCGAUUCACUGUCAGAAUGUCGGAUCAACUCAACAAACAGCCAAAUAUAUUAAUAAACUCUCAAUGUGGAUUGUCGGAAACAGUAAAAAGGACUUUGAUAGUGUUAUCAAAAUGUUUCCCUUCUGUACUUAUCGCGCAGUGUUGCGGAAAUGAUAUUACAGUUGAAGCGGAUAAUGUAAAAUUAUGUGUGGAAUCUUUUCGGAAAUUCUCUUCAAGAUGCGCAGAGAAAUAAAUGCCCAGGGAGAACGUCAUUCUGGACACGUCAAAGUUCAGUAGACAGGUUAUGUAAAUAAUAGUAUUAAUGGUAUCAUGUAUGGGUAAGCAUUUUUAUUUUCUUUGCUGAACGGUUUUGUUAACUGGAAAUGUAUAUAAAUAUAUAGAUUUAACAUAAUAUCUACUAUUUUUGAUACCUGGUCAAAUGUCAAAGGUACACCUUGUUUACAGAUUUUCAUUGCACAGUUUAAAAAAAAAAGUUUUUAGAUCAGAUUAGAUCGCGUUAAUUUUGGUAGGUGAACGACAACGGUCUCAGAAGAAAGAGUGGUUUUUUCAAUUUUUUACUCACCAUAUCAAUAAAGAAGCAAAUACCUUUUUUUAAUUGUAUUUGUUUAGAGUUAUCUACUGAUUUAAUCAUCAUUUUUUUUGCGUAUGAAGUGGUAUAUUUGUGAUGAGAACAUAAAGUAUCAUCUGAAUUGACAACUAGGUGUUUCCUAUUUUCUUAGCUAAAGUAAACAAGGUGUACCUAACUAUUUAUGUAUAGUAAAUAUAACUUGUCAAAUAUUUUGACAUAAAAAUCAGAUCUGAGCUGUCUAGGAUUCAGUAUUAAGCAUGAGACAUUAAUUAAUAAUCAAGUGCCAUUGAGGACAGUUUUUUUAAUAGCUAACAUGUGAUUCUUUUGUAGAAAAAAUAUUCAUCUUGUACAAAUUGUAAUAGAUAGGACUUUCCACCUUGGUAAGCUUCAAUGUACAAGUCAUAGUGUUACCAAAUUUUUAAUAAAAAAUUGCAAAUUUAUUCAUGGAAAUUGUUUGACUGCACUGAUUGUGAAUGUAGACUGCGCCCCAAUUUUGUCAAUAGAUCUAAAUAUCUGAUUACGUUAGAAAAUUCGAAUAGUACCAGUUGUUAUUCUCUAUUUUUUAAAUAAAGUUGUUUUGUAUUAA